GGCAGAAAGAUUUUGAUUUUGAUGAAAGCUAAGGGGCGAAGGCGGCAGCUCCCGACCGCCGGUCAUUACUUCACCGGUGGACCCUCAAAGCAAAUUUAUGGCAAAAACAGUGCAUCCUUUAGAAUUUUGAAACACGAUAUAGAAUCGCAGGAAUGGGAGAAGAGGAGGAAAAGAAGAGGGUAGUGGUGGAGUCACUGGGAUGGCAAAAGGAGUCAUCCAUCACGCCGAAGAAGCACCGUGCCAUCGAGGGUGUAGGUGCCAGCACCAUCCUAGAACUCAAGGCCCAGCUUUUCAAAUCACAGGAGGAAUCUAAGAAAACCAAGGAAUUGAACGACCCUGAUGUCGAAUACCUCCGCGCCAAGAGAAUCACCCCUCGUGAUAACUUCUCCAUCAAGAACUCCGGCGUCGAAGCCCGUGCCCUCAAUUAUGCAGCUUUGGAAAGGAAAGCUGAGUUGUAUGAAAAGCUUGUGAGAAGAGAGUUAUCUGAUGAGCAAGACAAAAGGAGGUAUUGUGUCGACUUCAUCCGGAGGGGUGUUCCGCAGGAUGGGUCACAGCAGUCACAAGCUCAACUUGCUUCUCCUACAGAACCAUUAGAUGAAGAUGCUGACAAUGAUACUUCAUUUCUAUUUAACACGAGAUCCUCAGGGGCGGAAGUUCAUGAAGUAGCCAAUCAAGCCAGGGAAUAGGAAUCGGAAUAGGAAUCUGAAUUGGAAUGGAAGGAGUGAUUUUGUUAAAACGAGAGCGAGAACUUUCGACUCCACUGGAGUUCGAACCCAGAAUCUCUGGUUCGGUAGACCAGCACCGUUUCCAUUGGGCCACGGAGUCAUUUUUCCGUAUGAUUAACAAAUGUUGCCCUGGUAC